AUGAUUACCGGAGCGGCUCAAAUGGAUGGAGCAAUUUUAAUUCUUUCAGCCCAAGAUGGUUCAAAAGAACAAACCAAAGAGCAUUUGCUUCUUGCUAAACAAAUUGGAAUUGAAUACUUAGUUGUUUUCCUUAACAAAGUAGAUAUGGUUUCAGAUUUGGAAGAAAUAGACUUAGUAAAAGAAGAGAUUAAAGAGGAUUUAAGAAAAGCCGGUUAUGAUGCUGAAAAAAUUCCGAUUAUCGGUGGUUCAGCCCUUUGUGCUCUGGAAGGACGUAAUCCCGAAAUGGGAGAAGAAAAGAUUUCUGAUUUAUUAGAUGCCAUUGACAAUUAUAUUCCCACUCCGCAGCGAAAUGUAGAUGCUCCUUUCAAAAUGUAUAUUAAGGAUAUAAUUUCAAUUACUGGUCAAGGAACAGUGGUAACCGGAGAUGUAGAGCAAGGGGUAUUAAAAAGAGGUCAAGAGGUAGAAAUAUCAGGAUUAGGAAAUGAAACUAUAAAAACAGUUGCCACUAGUAUAGAAAUGCAUAAGAAAGAAUUAGAAGAAGCCCGAGCCGGUGAUGAUGUGGGAAUUAAAUUACGAGGGGUUAAAAAAGAGCAAAUUACGAGGGGUCAACUUCUUUCCGUAGCAAUUAAAGGAACCAAAAUUAAAACUUAUAACAAAUUUUUCGCUACCGCUUAUAUAUUAAGUAGAGAAGAAAGAGGAAGACAUACUAAUUUCAGAGAUGGUUAUCGUCCCCAAUUUUACCUUGCUGCCACUGAUGUAACUGGAACAAUAGAAUUGAAAGAUAAAAGUCAAGAGGUAGCACCAGGAAGCACAGUUGAGUUUACUGUUAAUUUAAUUAAACCACUGGCUAUUGAGAAAAACGAAAAAUUCAUUAUUCGGGAAGGCGGGCAUACAGUCGGUCAAGGAACGAUUUUGGAAACUCUUGAAUAA